GGUAUGUAUUUAAUUUUCAAUUAUGAUAUUGCGAAGAUUUGGGUAUUCAAUUCAUAAUUUAUUUCACCAAAUUUAGCAAUUAUUGUUAUAGAACAGUCUGCUGUCUAAUGGUUAAUUAAACUACAAUUUAAUAAUGGCGAAAAAAAUAAAUUUUUUCAUACUUAGCGGCGACCCAGGUGUAGGCAAGACAACUUUGACAAAAAAAAUAUGUUUAUUAUUGAAUGAGAAAGGAGUGAAAACAGUCGGCUUCUUCACAGAGGAGGUUAGACGUAAUCAAGUAAGAGAGGGAUUUGAUGUGGUGUCAUUAAAUGGAGAGCGCGGGAGAUUAGCUAGAGAAAAGAGCUUACUUUCCUCUCCGGCACAACAUACUGUUGGAAAAUAUGAUGUCCUGCUACAAGAAUUUGAGAAUAUUGCUUUACAAUCUAUGAGAAUGAAGCCUGAAGAUAAUGAAACAUGCGUCCUAGUCAUAGAUGAGAUAGGGAAGAUGGAAUUUUUCAGUACAAAUUUCAAGUCGAGAAUAAAGGAAAUCUUUAGUCCAGCUUCAAAAAAUAUUGUGCUGGCAACAAUACCUGUGAGACAAAGUGAUCCUCUUAUAGAGUCUAUUCGGAACAAUAGUAGGAGCAAAGUGUGGAUUGUAACAAGGGCCAACAGAAAUACAAUUCAUGAAGAAAUAGAAAGAGAAAUAUAUAAAGCAAUCAAAAUAUAAUUCCAAUUUUUCCUCUGUAUUAUUUGAUAGGUACCUACUUAAAUAUAAAAACUAAACUAAGAAUUACAA